AUGUUGAGCGAGAUCGCGCCCACUGCAAGCAUGCCGCCCGAGGCAAGUGUCUCUCUGCCUCUCAGGCUCCUGACCAAAGGUCCCGGCUACCUCUGUAAUCAAAUGGAGGGGCAGGGUCAGCAGAGCGCCGUGGAGAGACUGGCUGCCGACAAGGCCAAGUACGUGAAGAGCCAGGCGGCGAGGGGGUGCAAAGUGGAGCCCAAUGGUUUGGGCAGCUCUGCCUCUGAAGAAGGCAGCAACAGCGGCAGCGGGGCCAGCAGCAACAUGAAGACUUACCUGGCCUCAGGCAGCCCCCAGCAAAAUGGGCAGCUGGGGCUCCCUCCUGACAUCGUGCGUUGUUCCAGCUGCAAGAGGCAGCUCAGGCCCGAUUUGCCGGUCACAUACCGGCAGAAGUGCGAGUUUGUGCGGGGAACGGCAGCCACCAGCUGUGCCCGCAGUUUCAAGGGUGGUGGUAGCGUGGUCUGGUGGCUGCUGCCCGGCUCUAGCGGCCAGGGCGACAAGCAGCUGGGGCCGGCAAUGGGAGCAGCAACGUUGGAAGGGGUAGAAUUAGCAGAGGGUACAGGGUGCACAAGUAACCACACCAGCAGCGCCCCGAGAAGCAGCAGCAGGUCGCCCCAAGGAGCGCUCAAGCGGCGGGUUGGCGAAGGCGGAUAG